AUGCAUCCCUGCCGACCCUCUACCGCGGGUAAUCGGCACAGGCGACGAGGGCGAGUUGUCGCUGUCGCCAAGUACAAUGGUGACCCCGUGGCUGUCACCAACAAAUGCCAGCCAGAACGCGUCCUGGGACGUAUUGUGCUUCCUAACAACCCCAUCUCGUUCCUUUGCGAUGACGAGGACGACGACUCGGCCCCGGGCGCCGUAGCCCCCAGGGGCAAGGGCAAGAGGACCUGGGCCCCCCGCCACGUUCCUGUGGAGGACAUGUGCCAGGACUCGGUCUGUGUAACGUGCAGCGCACGCCAUUGGUGCGACGGUCUUUGGCUCGCCGGCUCCUGGAGCGUCACGGCGACGACAACCAUCAAGCGCGAUACUGUUCGCCUGGGUCUCUUCUUGUCGAGCAGCCACAGCGACCUCGACGACGACGACUAUGAGUUGCCCGAGGUCCCUCACGCAUGGACUGAACGAGACUGUGAAGCCGUCAUACGUCAUCCUCUGUUGGCCAUGGUGGCCAGGAUGAGGCGCCCCUCUGCCGUGGAUAUGUUCGCUGGACUGCAAAAGGUCCUGUCGGGCAUUUUCUCUGCAGAAGACAACAUCUGGCCUGGCUUCGUUCUUGCCGUCAAGGGCUUCGUGGCCGACGACACCAGUCGGCUGAGCUACAAGGUGCAGGUGUUCCAGCACCUACGUGAUACGGUGCCGGCCAUGGGUGAAUCGCUCGACAAUACCCAUCAAUUCGGCCUUCGGAUCCCCAUCCCGGUGCACCGCCCGGAAGGCUGCAUGGUCAUCCCCCUCUGGCUCAACCUCGCCAAGGGCGGUGGCCACUGGCUCACGGUCUGCUGUGGCCUGCUGGCACUGACGAUGCGCGCGGCCGGCGCCUCAGACGGGCAGAUCGAUGUCGUCGGCGCCCUGAUCCAGAAGGUGCGUCCCGUGGACGCCGCGUACCGCCGCGCGUCCACAGCCAAGGUCAACGGUUUUGAUGGCGACCGCGUCGGCAUGGUCGAGCUCAGCGAGCAGCUCGAGCAGGCGUUUUCACCCGAGUCCAACGACGGGCGAACCGCGGACAUCGAUUUUGUCAAGGUACACGUGGUCCCGGACGCCUCGAUCGCCCUCAAGAACCUGCGCAAGCGCGGCAUAGUCCGCACGGAGGUUCUUGAGAAAUGGCGCAAGAUCAUGCGGGAGAAGGCGAGCGAUCUGGUGCGUCUCGUUCACGAGUUCGAAGACAGCCAGGGGAACCACCCACUCCGUUACAACGAGCAGGGGUUCCCGACUCUCUUUUGGGAAGAGUCGUCCACCACGGAGGACAUCGUGGACCUGGCAAUUGUCAUUUUCAUACAAUGCCUCGUUUACGAACUCGACAAGGACGGCCGGCCAACGACCACGGUGUACACGAUCAUCUUGUUUAUCGUCUACCACCUGGUGCGGUUCGGGAACCGUGACGAGGCUACCGGCUCUUGUUCGACGCCACGGUAG